GUGAGCAGCGGUGGACUGAAGUCAGAACCAUGGGUCUGCACAGUGUGGAGGAACUGGUGACUGGGAAGAGGUCAGAGGGCAAGGAGGUGGAUGACUUUCCAGAGGGCGUGUACGAGGCAGCUGUCAAUCAAGAGAAACAGGAUGACCAUAAGUCUCAUGUGGAGCUGGUGGGCGGAGUUCUGUUGGACGACAGCGACAGUGGCGGUGAACUGGAUGAAGUUAGCGUGGCGGCUGUCCAUACGGACAAAAGUGGACACCUGAAGUUGGAGACGGUGGAUGACCUGUUCAACAUCCUGCAGCUGAGGAAGAGGAGGAGGGAGAGGAAGGCAUCCAUCGACAAGAAGCAACAGCCAGAGUCUGAGACCCUGCCAGAGAUGGUGGACCAGCAGCUCUUCCUCACUGCAACUUUGGACAACAAACUGUCUGUGGUGGACAAAUACCUGAAGGACGGAGGUGACCCAAAUGUAGUUGACCAUUUCCAGAAGACAGCCCUGCACAAGGCUGCCUUUAAAGGACAUGUGGAAAUCAUAGAGAUGCUGCUGCAGGCCGGAGCCACAAUCGAGACAAAAGACAAGCUGGAGGCCACGGCCGUGCACUGGGCCUGCAGAGGAGGCAGCCUGCCCGCUCUGCAGCUCCUCAUUAAUAAAGGAGCUGACUUCACCUCCACAGACAAGUUGCACAGCACGCCUCUCCAUGUUGCAGUGAGGACAGGACACUGUGAGUGUGCAGAACACCUUAUUCAUUGUGGAGCGGACAUCAAUGCCAAAGACAGAGACGGAGACACACCGAUGCAUGAUGCCGUGAGAAUCAACAGAUUUAAGAUGAUCAAACUGCUGAUGAUGUACGGUGCCAGUCUCAACACCAAGAACUGCGAUGAGAAAACUCCAAUGGAGGCACUGUAUUCCUGGCAGAACGGCGCCAAGAGCAUCCUCUGUAACUUCAGUGAGGAGAAGCCAGAUCUCAUCUUGUAAAAAUUGGAGUCUGUCUUGAGAUUGAAAUGCAGGAGCUCUGAGUUUAUUAGGAAAAAAAGGCAGAUGGUACAUCUAAAUUUUAAAUUCUGCCCAAAUUUCCUCUCAGAAGUGUUUCCACACAGAGAAUUGCACAAAUCUUUCUUUAAUUUAGUAUGGUUUUUCUGUUCCAGAAAUAUGAAUUUUCAUAAAGUCUCAUCAUCACUUGAUAUUGAUUGCAUUGAGGAAAUGCCACUCUUCAACCUUGGAGUACUUAAGGUAGAUCCUCCAAGCUGGAUCCAGGAUUUGAACCAGCAACCUUUCUUCCAGACUGGUUCCUUCAUCUCUGGAUCGGUGGCAUUCAGGGUUCAGUCCAGUGAAGUUUUUGUAAAUUCAGAAUUACAUUCUGAAUUUCCUGGUUCUGAUACUUAAGCAUAGAAAGAUGUUUCGUCUUACAUAUUUUGUUAAAUAACUUAAUACGGGAAGCACAUUCAUGGUCUGGUGCGUAAGGUUUUCAGAAGGGCAGGUGGCGCGGCUGUUAACAUGCUCAGAAUUGAGUUGUGACACCAGUAUUCUUGAAAUUUCAGGAAUGGGCUUCUACCUCGCUUCAGUGCUGAUAAGCACAUUUGUCAGGCCUUGACAGAGAGCGCUCAGGGUAAUACGGAUUAUUUUAUUUUAUUUUUAAACUUCGAACAACUUUAAGUUUUUGGUAAUUAAAACAAAUUUAAACUUUUCUGAACAUAUUUGAGAAUUUUGUUGAAUCAGAUGUAAAAAAAACAUCUGCUGGUCCUGGUUCUUCUGUAUUAGAUGCUGUUUUUAUUUCAAUUUUUGCCCAAGUUUCCAGAUUUAGUCAAAUCUAAAUAUGGGUCCAAACUCUAAUAACACAGUCUACUGGAGAAUUAUAUCAAUUUCUAAUUCUAAACCAGUUCUACCAUGAAGACUCAGGAGACGAGAAGCAGUUACAGAUUUAACCCGUAAUGACAUUGAAUGUCAUGUUAGGACAUCUGAAUGUUAGGACGGUCUUUGGGGGAGGUCCAAAAUAUGAUGGUAAAAGGAUGUGUUGAUCUCGAAUCCUGCCAUCAGAAGAAGGCAGGGUGGAGCGUACCCCAGGUGUCAGGUGGCAGUGGGUUGGAUGGGGUAGCGUGUCAGGCAACGUCUGCAAGCAGUAGGGAGAUGAGAUUGAACCGACAUUUUUAAAUAAGGUGUAUGCUUCCUAUUGGUUGAAAGUUGAUAAAUGGAAUUGGCCCAGUUGUUUCCUUUUGGAUAUACAGCUGUUACCAAUUAGCUGACUCUGAACAAAACCUUUGAAAUCUGAGUCUUUCUGGUUAGAACUUACAAUACGCUACAUUUCUUGAUAAUGGCACUGUGACUUAAAAUGUUGAUCAAUGAAA